CACACAAGCAGCCCAGUGUAGUGAGCAGCUGUUCACUUCAUUCUCAAUACCAACAUUAAGCGAGCAAGAGGAGCGACUGCGAGUGUGUGGUACGAGCUGAACGAUAUUCUGAACCAAAUAACAUCCAGCAGUCAUCGAAACUGCGACGAAAAAAUCAGCUAUCAUCAAAAUUCGCCGUGCGAAAAGAAGAGAUUCGGAACGUGCAAAUAUCCUCGCGGACAGUAAAUUUCUGUACAAACUAUCCUCACAAACGUACGCAGGGACCGUAGAAUGUGCUUUGUGUCAAAAUCGUGAAAUAGGCCGAAUUUUCAUCAGUUUAUUGCGAAGCACCUAGAAAAACUGGAGUUCGACAGACGUGUGAGGAUCAGCAAGGCAGUCCGGAUCCGUAGCAGCAGCAGCAGCAGCCCUGAACGAAGCGAUUUUGAAUGAUGGCACUUAACAUUGCUGUUCCACUGACAACAGUCGGUGAUUUGAUGGAGGGUUUCGGAUUGCUCUCACCAAUUUCACCCCUCAGCGUCGAUUGUCGGGGUGUUUCGGCUACCGGAACCCAUGGAAAGCAGCAAUUGGUCUCACCCGUUGGUAGCGAGUCGAGUGGCGUUAGCUCUCUGGAUUCUGAUGAGAUUAAGAAACCAUCAUCGUCGUCAACGACGCCAACGAAGGAAGUCGAAGGUCCGCAAACGACAAGCUCGCCGAUUCGCUCGAAUUCUGAGGAAGCUGACACUACCCUCACCAAGAAUGUCACUCCUACACCGUCCACACGUUCCUCGUUAUCCAUGUCGGACAGCAGCUUUUGCAGCUCGGAUGAAACCGGUUCUACGGAGUCCUGUAUAGUCGAACCAAAACCGGUGCCCAAGGCGAAGGAGGUUAAAGUCACACUCGGCGGUCGUAACGUUCUGGAUUUGAUGGACAAUCUGACCAAACCGAACCACUUCUGUUUGCAAUUUGCUCAGCUGCCAGAGAAUGACAACAUUCAUUUCUUCUUGGACAACCGCUCUCAAUAUCAUCGUCUGGGAGCGAACGGUCACAUCCAGGAGUACACGAUGGUCAAGUGUAAGUGUUGCGACUUUCGCUAUCCGGUCAAUGACGUGACACCGAGCACGGCGAGCUCAAUUCAAUCGAACUUGACAGCAGCUGCUCCUUCGCAACAGCAACCAAUUCCGCAACAGUUCCCGUGGAACGGUAUCACCAAUAAUUUGAAUAGUAUUGUUAAUAGUAGAGAUAAGAUGAGCAUAAGUGUUGCGGCCAAUGCAUUUAACAAAUCGUUUGGUGGUGUCAAUAACAAUACCACCAAUAACAACGGCAACAGUAAUGGGAGUCAGUAUUUGCGGAACGGCAGUAUGACCGCUGGUAUCUUUGGAAGAGAUUCCAACCGUAACAACUGCGGCGGCAAUUUCCUCAAUAAUAGCACCAACUCGUACAAUAAUCAAAAAUCAUAUCAACAGAACUUUGGAACAUCGAACAACAGCAAGAUUUACUCUCCUUACGGUAACAACUAUCAGCUUCAACAGCAGCAACAACAACAACAACAGUUCUACUCCAAGAACCAACAAAUGCGCUUUGGCAGUGGAACUGGAAACGGCAACGGAACCGGCCAAUCUAAUGGUUCAAAUGCAUUCAAUUCCGUCGCAGUUGCUGCUGCUUUGGCAAACCCAAAUUUGCUAAAUUUCAACAACUUCAACAACACCAAUAAUUAUAACAGCAAAAGCAACAAUAACAGCAGCAUGUUUGCUUACUACAAGAACAUGAUGUAAGCAGCAUAUCUCAAGAAGGGAGGAUGGAAAACCCAAAGCAGCAGCAACAGUUGUGUCCUCUUCAUCAUUGUCGUCGUCUUCGUUCAUUCAUUCGUUCAUUGUCGUCCGGUUGAACUCGUUGGCUUAGCCGCGCAAACAAAAGCAAUUUAGUUCAGCUAUGAUAAGUCCUUCCAGAAUGAGUAUUGAGAGAAAAACACACAAAACACUAACGAGAAGCAUUCGUGACCUACCGACAGAGCCUGGCGGUGAGCAAAAAAAAAGAGAGAAGAAAAGGUUGCUAUUGAAACCAGCACAUUACAUUUUUUUUUAUUUCGAGAUAUUCAAAUGCAAGCAGAAAAUUUGUUGUAGUUAUCAUGCACACACAAACACACACAUGCAUCUUUAUUUUAGAAUAAUUGACCUUGCAUAAGAAAUUAAUGUUGAAUUUUAGUUUAUUUAUUAUUACUAUCGAAUAUUUUUUUCCAAGCAAAACAAAACUCCAAAAAAAGGGACCCUAAAUUACUAGUUUUUAAGUCAGUGCUAUCUAUCUGUUGCUUGAUAUGGUAAUCUCCGAGCAAGAAAUUAAAAAAAAUGGAAAGCAAGCGCAGAGCUUUAUUUUGUUUUGUUUUCGAAGUUAUCGGAGAUAUGACACAGAUAGUAGUGUUUAGUCUGCAGGGAAGGAUCUCAUAGUCAAUCAGUUGGAUUAAAAACGAAAACAAGAGUAAGGAAAAAGGCGGGGACCGCCGAUAAUCGUAUGCCCCCCAAAAGUAUUUCCGGCACAGCCUUUCUGCAAAGCAAAAAGAGGAGAAGUCUUACCAUCCCACAUUUGGUGUCGUGGAACCAUUCGUUUGUAUGUGUUUUAUAGAAUUAGAUAUGAGGGAAAAAAAGAGGUCAACCAGAGAGUGCUUGUGGCUAGUUGAACAAGUUUUUAUUAGAAGGUUUAUAGAGGAAACAUAUUUGAACGCAGAGCAAGAGCAAGUGUAAGCUUUAAGUUGAAUACAAAAUGCACUGUGUCGUUCUAAGAAAGGAAAUGAAAUCCUGUCGCAAGCAGAAAUUAAGUCAAAUUGGCUACCCACAAAGAAAUGUACCUAGUAUUAAUUGUUAGUCUUUGUUGAACGAUUCCUUUUUUAAGACAUUGACAUUUGGAGGGAAAUAACGGUGAGUGCAGUGAGAAAGAGAGAGAGAGAGAAAGGAAAUAAGGAUGAACAUCGCGAACUGAAUAGUCUGCUCAGAGCAGAGAUUAGAUUUCAGCUUGCUUGCCAUUUUCAGGGAUUCAAACCAACAGACAGAGAGAGAGAAAAGAGGAGAAUAUUUCAAAGACAACUGUUGAAAUAUAAUAGUGUUAAAGGUAACGAAGCAGUUAAAUGACAAUGCCAAAAUCUAGCACUUUUCUACGGAAACGAUGUUUUCUUUUGCUUUCGAUACAUAGUUUCAAACUAAAAUUAGAAUAAUAAAACAAAAAAAACAACAAACCAAUACUCACGGAAUUAGUAGUACGAGAGUAGGCUGAACUAAAAAAAAGGGAUCAAAAGAGAGAUAGAAAGAGAGAAAAGGAGAUAAACAACACCUUCCAAUUUGAUUGAUUGUGGGACGCACGACUUUUUUGUUUCAUUUUUAUAUCAGACUAACUGAAUCAUUCGUGUGCUAAAAUAUUAAAAACAAAAACAAGUUUCGAGAUGAUAGAGAAGAAAACAAUUGCAUAUAAAUAGUAGACAACUAAAACAAACAUGUUUUGGAUGAAUUGGAGUUUGCAAAACGAAAUAAUUAUAAAAUAAUGAUAAUGUGUGAAAUUUUUAACGACGCAAACCCCGUUUCAAGAUCCAAUGGAAACCCUUUUAUCCGAAGUGAAAAGAACUGAGAGCGUUUAAAAACCGAACAUCUAGUGAAGCAAAGAUCUAUCUUUUUUAUGUUAUUCUACCAAAAAUCUGCAAGUAAUUUAAUGAACGUGUUAUUUGUUUGUUCUUUUUAACAAGAAAUAUUUAAUUAUGUAAUGCUACCUUUAGUGUGGGUAUUUAUGAAGAAUCCCUGAGAAUGAUAGAUUCUCUUGUUGUGAAAGGGUUAGAUGAACAAGAAGAAGAGGAAAAAACAAAUUGAUAGAUGUAAAAAAACCAUGCUCAAAACGGACUAAACACACGAGCGCGAAUCGUUGUUCGUGCGGCAACUUUCAUAAAAAUUUGCAUUAUUCUCUAUGUGCCGUCGCUGUCAGAAAGAAUGAGUUCGAAACUACUAGAACUGAAUAAUACAGAUUCUAGAAACCAUUACCUCCCCCCCCCCUCAAAGUAUGAUUUGAACCGUGUUUGUGCGCUCCCCCACUUUGAAGACGGUAGUUACCUUUAUGUUCUUUUUAUUUUGAUACUAUUCCCCCAAAUCCGCUCCUUUUUUAUUUAUAUGUUACCUAGGAUAAAUAUUAGCAUUAAUCUUGUGCAAAAAAAUACACAAAGAAGAGAGGGACAUCUUGUAUGACGAUUAAUUUUUCGUGAGUCACUUUUUUUUUAUUAGUUCGUUGCUUACUGUGAUGGUCUUUGUUUAAGGUGUUGAUAUAUGUAUUUUUUAAAAAUUUCGUUCUCUCAUUUGAACCACUAACUGUAGAAAAGAAAACAUUAGUAAUGUUGUUACGAACUAUAACAUGAUUGCUGCAUGCAUUACGCAAAGCACACUCACGAUUGUCGAUAUAUACUUAUUACCUUGUUUCAAAUACGUGUAUCUUAACAUUCUAGUUCUUAGUUGAUAGAUUUGUUUUUUUUUUAUUAUUAUUACUAGCAUUAGAAACGUUUUGACAAAGAACGGGAGAAUCUAGCGAACCACAAUUACGACGAAUAAUUCCCAUUCGAUACUCGAAUUACCAAUUUUGCUGUUAUGCAUACCCACGAAAGCAAGCCUAUUUUCACGCUUUAUAUAGUUACUGAAUUGUUCGUUUUGAGACCCUCGUUAGUGCGAUAUUAGGAACAACGUAAAACAAUCAGCUUUUUAUCCCUUGUCCAUUACUAUAAUUACCAUAUUAGUUUAUUAUAUCAAAAAUUAAUCGUCAUAUCAGGAGCUCGCGCUUUACCAUAAUAGGGAUGGGGUAGGAAAGCGUCUAUUUUGUAACGAACAACGAGGACACUAACGCGAGUCGGUGUUGAAGGAUUUUUUUUAUUUAUACUUAAUUUAUUCUUCCAGUGAGCUUUUGUUCCAUCGGUUUCUCUCACACGUGUGCGUGUUUCUACGUCUUUUAGCUAAAUCUAAUGUUAAUAUGCAACGAACACUGAGAAAAAAAAAUCCUUCCUGAUAGUCAUUAUUGCCUUAUAACAGCAUAUAUUGUAUGUGUUAUCUUCUUUAUCUACAGCAUUAAUAUAACGACUAGGGUAAAUGAACAGCAACCAAUCACAGACACGAAUAUAUAAUAUACACACAACACACAUCAUGCCUGUGUCCACAGAGAGGAAGAGGUAGAACAACCAAAAGCAGAAUGAAAUUCGGAACCAGAGGGGAUAAAAUAUCGACAAUAAGAACCCAAAAAAAACGCAGAAGCUAAUAGUAUUUGUGAAUUUGUUUUUUGUUUCUCAUGAAAAAAGAAUAGUUUAGUGUAUAGUAGUGUCAUAUUUUUUCGUGUCAGAAAAAUGUACUUAAAGUCAACAGUGGAGCAAAUCAAACGAAUGAUAACUUCCUAAGAAAAUAAUAAGCAAAAUUGAUCUCAGACCGUUCUGUGUAAUUUGUAAGCAGUAAUUGAUAACGUAACGUCAGAUAAUCGGGAAAAACAAACCCUGCAAUCAAUCGACCACUCUGUUUUCUUCGUGAGUAUGCCGUCAUCAAAAUGUCAUAAAAUGUCAGGAAUCUGCCUUUUUGUAGAAAAUCAUAAAAUUUAUUAGAGAACAAUAGUUAGAGUAUAUAGGGAUAUCAGGAGUGCUUAGCCUUAGCCUACCUACCUACAUAUAAGACGAGAGCCGGGGUGGCUCGGGCUGUACCAAGAAGUCGUCUCCGUUCAACUCGUUUUUGGUCCGCAUUUCGCAACGAUCCCAGGUAUCUCGCAACACUCGCAUGUCACUUUCGAUCUGGUCGAGCCAUCGUGUGCGCGCUGUGCUCCUCUGUUUCUUAUCGUCCGGCAUUCUUGCGACAUGUCCGGCUCACCGCAUCCUUCUGUUUUUUUUUGCCAGAUGUGCAUUGGGGGUCUCUCUCAAAGCUGAGUGCAUGAACUCAUGGUUCAUGCGUCUCCGCCUUCAGCUUGUACUCCACCGUAGAUAGUCCGCAACAUUUUUCGCUUAAAGGCUCCAAGUGAGUUAAGGUCCUCAGCGAGCAAUGUGGCCGUUUCAAGCACAUAGAGAACCACCGGUCUAAUCAGUGUUUUGUACAGCUUCAACUUCGUGCGGCCGCGCACCCGAUUCGUUCACAGGGUCUAUCCGGUUCUCCUUGCUGGUAAUGUUGUCGGCGCUUACCAACGAUCCCAAAUACACGAACUUGUCUACUUCCUCAAGUUCGUCAACACGAUUACCCGCGGUGGGAGGCUAGCGUUGGAGCCUCUUGCCCUCAGAUUUUUAUUUAUUUACAAUGAUUCAACAUCCCAUUGAGAGAUUAGAUCUGAUUCACAACUUUUCGCCAAUAAACACGAUCCAUGGCUGCAGUUCUCCAACUCCCUGCUGUACCGAUUCUUGCCAAGUCCUGCUCCACCUGGUCCAACCGACUCGCUCGCUGGGCUCUUCUCCUUCUUGUUCCUACCGGAUUCGAUGCGAACACGAUCUUUGCAGGGCCGCUGUCCGGCAAUCUUGUAGCAUUCCCUGCCCAUCGCACUCGUCCAGCCUUUGCGGCUUUCUGGAUGCUGGGUUCGCCGUAGAGUUGCGCCAGUUCGUGAUUCAUUAUCCUUCUCCAUACUCCGUUUUCCUGUACACUACCGUAUAUUGUUCUGAGCACUCGGCAUUCGGAAAUACCAAGCGCUUGUAGGUUCUCUUUAUGCAUCGUCCAUGCUUCGUGCCCAUAGAGAACAACCGAUCGAAUUAGGGAUUUGUAAAUGGUACACUUCGUACGGAGUCGGAGUUUGUUGAACCUCAAGGAUUUGCAGAGUCCAUAGUAGGCACGACUUCCAUUGACUACGCGUCUUCGAAUUUCACGGCUGUUGUUGUUGUCAGUUGUUAUGAACGAGCCAAGGUAGACAAAUUCCUCUACCACCUCGAGCUGUCGCCUUCGAUCACAACACUACUUCCAAGAAGAACUCUGUUGCGAUCUGUGCCUUCAGCUAGCAUGUAUUUAGUCUUAGACGCAUUGAUCCCAAGCCCAAUCAGCCCUGCUUCGUGUUUCAGUCGGGUAUACAAGUCGGCUACCGUCGCAUGUGUUCUUCCGAUUAUGUCCACGUCGUCGGCGAAGAAGAUAAACUGACUUGUUGAAAAUCGUGCCUCGCAUGUUGAAGCCCGCUCUCCGUACAACACCUUCCAGCGCCACGUUGACGAGCAGACUGGAGAGUACAUCGCCUUGUCGAAAUGCCCUGUGAGUCUCAAAUGAUUCGGACAGCUCACCUGAGAUCCGCACACCGUUCAUCGUUGCCUGAAUCAGUCUUAUCAGCUUUCGGAGAAAGUCGUGUUCAUCCAUGAGCCUCCAUAGCUGUCGUCGGUCGAUUGUAUCAUAUACGGCCUUGAAGUCAACGAAGAUGUGGUGCGUACGGACCUGGUACUCGCGGCACUUUUGGAGGAUCUGUUGCAGUGUUAAAAUCUGGCCCGAGCAACCGGGCAUGAAUUCGACCUGGUAUCUUCCCACAAUUCUACUUACUGUUGACGAUAGACGGCGGAAGAGGAUCUGAUACAGAAUUUUGAAAGCACCAUUCAUGAUUGUGGUGGCACGAUAGUUACCACAAUCCAGCCUGUGUCGUAUGCUGUCCUGAAGUCAAUGAAAAUGUGGUGCGUGGCCACGUUGUAUUCCCUUCAUUUUUGUAGAAUCUGUCGGAUUGAAAAAAUUUGCCUGGUACUCACCAACGAACCCCCUCGUUAAAGGUGAUAGACGUUGGGAUAGAAUUUGGUAGGGUAUUUUGUAUGUGGCAUUGAUGAGCGUAAUGUCACUGUAGUUGUAGUAUUACAGAUUGUCGCCUUUCUUGUAGAUGGGACAGACGACUCUUUCCAUCCACUCUUCCGGAAAUUCUCCUCCCAGAUCUUGCAAAUAAACCAGUGCAAUGCUCCUAGCAAGCGUUUCUCUACCAUGUUCAUAGAGCUCCCCCGGUAAGCCGUCAUUACCGGUGGCUUUGUUGUUUUCAAAUCUUCCAAUUUCACGCUGCAUUUCAUGGAGAUCAGGGGGCUAGUACCCCGUCAUUUGCUGCUGGCUUCCCCAGGUCAGUUCCAUCUCCGCUUUCACUUGCUGCAUCGCCAUUCAGGUGCUCGUCGAAGUACUGCUUCAACCUGUCGAUCACUUCGGCUUCGUUCGUGAUGAGGUUUUUCUUCCACAUCCUUGCAUAUGUCGGUUUGCGACACACAGACAUUGCGGGAUUGGGUUACUUCUCAUAGAACGUUCGUGUUUCAUUGACACGGAAGAGCUGUUCCAGCUGCCCAUGAUCACGGUUCUUCGGUUGGCGCUUCUUUCGUCUUAGAAUCGUGGUUAUGGCGUUCCGUGCCCGUCUGUGUUUGGCCAAGUUCUUCCUCGUUCGGGCCGUCAGGUAGUUCGCUCAAGUACGAUUUUGCUCCGCCACCGCUGCCUCGCAUUCCCCAUCAUACCAGGCGUUUCUGCCGAUCGGUGCUUCCAUUCCUAGUGUAUUCGUCUCGGAUUUCCUGAUGGCUGUGCGAAUUCUGUACCAACCAUCUUCAAGAGCUUGUGGGGGGUUCCGUAGCUGUUUGAUGUCGAGCCGCAGGGAUCGGCUAUGUCGCAUCUGAUAAACAGUCGGCAGUUUUGAGCACUAAAAACCACUACUAGAUAGUGAUCUGAGUCGAUAUCCGCACUUCGAUAGGUGCUUACGUUGGUAAUGUCUGAAAAAACCCGUUCGUCGAUGAGAACGUGAUCAAUUUGGUUUGCCGUUCGAUGAUGAGGUGAUCUCCAUGUGGCUUUAUGGAUGUCCUUGCGGGGAAAGAAAGUACUUCGGACCCCAUUCCUCGGGAAGCUGCAAAGCUCACGCAUCGUUGGCCGUUGUCGUUCGUCUCGGUGUGCAGACUGUCAUGUCCGAUCACCGGUUUGUACAUGUCUUUCCUAUCGAUCUGAGCGUUCACAUUCCCGAUGACAAUCUUGCUAUCUCGACGUGAACAUACUCCAGCUGCGCGUAGAAGACUUCUCUCUCGACAUUGGCUCUUCCUUCAUGCGGGCAGUGAACAUUGAUGUUGCUGUAGUUGUAGAAUCGGUCUCUUAUCCUCAAUACACACAUUCUGUCGCUGAUAACCUGCCAUUUAAUCACUCGACCUUGAAUCCUGCCCAACAAAAAAGUCGGUACCCAGCUCGCCGCCGCUCUGAUACUAUUGGGGUCUGCGCCCACACAUCUUUCGUACGUUCUCUCCUUCCCGACAAUGCUCCUGCAGUGCUAUAACACCAAAGUGACGCCACCCGGAAUAUUGAGCGAUCUACAGAUCCAAGUACCGAGCUUCCAAUCGUCGUCUUUCAUCCGUUGUCGAUUGCUGCGAUCCGUAUUUCCUUCUUGAUUGCUCGUAGUAAUUUAUUUCUCGCCAUUCCAUCCUCAUAUGGAGGCGAUGGCUAGCCUCGUGACGGGACUGCUGUCUUAGGUGUAGCACAGCAUUUCAUAUUUCAGCCACUCCUCUGGAGAACCGUCGCUGUUUAAGCUGUCCUAGAGUACAGCCACUCCGUUGUGUAGCUUAUUUAUCGUUACCCAGUAUACACGGCGCGGAGGCGAGUGCAACGCGCAUUACAUCCCAGGAGAGUGCUUAGCAUAAGUGUCGUAAAUUUGUGUAAGCUCAUUCCAGAAUACUUUUUUUUUGCGGUACUAGAAUUGAUGGCGAAUUACACUGUCGAACGGGAAAUGCCUGAGUUUCAACACUUGCUUUCAAAAGAGGCACUUUUUCGUUCUAACUAUUUCUUCGAUUUUUUUAUCCUGGAUUUGUGUUCGAUCACCUGUUCCCCGAACUAACGCUAUGAUAUCAGUUUUCUGUCUACAGUACAAAGGUGUGCCUUAUAUUACCACGCAAUUAAGUUGAUAAUCGUGUCUCCACUCGGCUUUGUUAGUUUUAUUCGUAUUCGAUUCCUUUCGACAGUGUAUACGAACUUCUAGUACUUCGGAACACCCAAAUCAAUAGCAUCACAAUGUAGUGUGUAGGCGUUUUGCGUUGUUUUGCCUUUUCCCCUCCUCUAUGUCUGAUGUAUUCGCAAGUAAUGUUAACAACAGCAGACACAACUUAUCACGAGAGGGAGUUGGUAGCAAUAUUAUCUGUAAAAAAUAAUACACACAAAAAAGGGAAACAAAACCGAGAACGAAUCGAAUCACGGUUAUCGUACCGCCGUAAUCCGUAAUCUAUACAGGUAGUGUGUACUCUAGUAGUAGAUCUUCGCUGACUGAAGAUGAUUAUAAUACGGGGAAAUGACGACCGAACCAUAUUUGUUAAUAGGGAACUAUCGAAAUCAGCGCGCGCUAAACAAAAAAAAAGAACACUCACAGCACCACAAAACGAUCGAAAACGCUAGCCCACUAUAGCUAAGCAAAAUAUAUACCUAAGCAUAUACUUUGUGACAUCGUAGUUCUUGUUCUCCAGUAGCUAAAGUAAAUAUAUUCCGAAAUAGAGAGACGGACAUUUAUCGAAACGAAUCAGAUCCUCACAUUCACACAAGACACACAACAAUACACACCACUGCAAAUGAGAAUGAGUAUGUAUAAAUAAAUGCAAAACCAACCUAGGGACUACAAGAAGAAGCAAGAAGAUGAAAAUCAAAUAAGAAAACGACAUUUUUACGUU